AUCCAUCCGAAGGCUUCUGUCGACAAACUCUCGUUAUAAGAGAAGAGCUGCAGACUCCCGCAUCUUCGCAAUGCCUGCCAAAGGUGCCUCGACUCGCCUGAACCCAGUGCGGUUGCAGACUAUUCAACACCUCCGAGUGCGACGACCAAACCAACAACAACAGAACUCAUGUGUUACGAUCAUGUCCUCUAUGCUAAAUUGCUGGGCCUCAGCCGGACAGGGAAAUGAAGGAUGCUCUGGGUUGGAGGAAUCACUAAAAGCAUGCAUGGAUCAACGCAAAGACAAAACGUCCAAUAACAACGCCGUCAAUUAUCACUUGAUGAGAAUGUUCCCCAAGGUUUCGGGCCCGCGGAAGAGGGAGGGCCGCUUGGGCUAGAGGCAUUCGACACAUUCAAUUCAAACGAGGUCUUAUUUUCGUCGCAUAUACUGGAGUUUUCGGGCUGGAUCUGAGAGUGGGCACCAAUUGAGUCCGAAGGAAUUUGGAUGCUUCACUACAGUGUAUAAUUAUUUGAGGAAUACUGUA